AUGGAGGCGAAAGCAGUAAAAGCAGACCACGUUAUGAAGACAUUUUUGGCUGGAGGUUCGUAGUAAUUUAAUUGUUCUUUUUGUCGCAUUUUCUGCCCAAUAAAUCGGUUGUUUUAAGAUACUUGCCCGAGGGCUAUAUGAAGCUUAUGUCGUGCAAAGUGGAGUGUAUAAAAACUUCAUUAGCUAGAUUUUACGUGACUCGAUCGGGUUGUAAACAAGUUUUAUACGGCUAUUUUUCCACCAAACCCGAGGCUUAUAUCAGGAUAAUUAAAACUGCCAACGAAGUGGUCGAAAGUUCUGUUUUCUUCAGGGGUUUUCUUUUCCGUUAAUGAAUCCUUGUUUCUUUCCACGUUUUCAUUUUUCUUCGCAGCUCUGUCGAAGAAGGUGGCGUGUUACUAAACUUGCACAACUGAUAAGCUUAUGUUUUGUUACUAAACGGCUAUAAUUUCCGCAGGACUUUCAACAUGUUGUGCAAAGACAUCAACAGCUCCCCUGGAAAGACUGAAAAUACUCUUUCAAGCACAGAAUAUUCACUACAAAGACAUGGGUAAGGCAUGCAGCAUUCAACAUAGUGAAAAUAUCUGUAAGAACCUGUUGUUGCUUGAACGUUUAUUGCUAUUUAAGCGCCCCUAAAUGAAAGCAUGACUUUUUUCGACACCUUUUUAAUAUUUUGGCUGUUCUUGUAGGCGUACUCCGCGCGUUACGAACCAUUUAUCAUUUGGAGGGUCUUUUGGGGUACUACAGAGGUAAGACCUUUCGUUCUCUUUUGUUUUGUUUUGGUGAAUUAUUAAUAGACAACAAAGCCAGCUUUUUGGGGCAGGCUUUGUUUAUCAGAGAAGUAAAUUUAAUAUCAAAAAAUAAAUAUAUGUACGCAUGUUUGAAAUUUUUGUCCAUAUAUUGAUUUUAUUUUUGAGGUAAAUAUAGUCUGAUUCAAGGUAUUGUUUUUCUGUACACAUGUGUUUUAUACAUAGUUUCCAACCUUUUCAGGAAAUGGUGCUCUCAUGUUGAGAGUCUUUCCCUAUGGUGCUUUACAGUUUGUUUCCUACGAACAGUACAAAAAGGUAACUAGUUGGCGUAUAUAAUUUUGUCCUCUGUGAAACAAUAUUGUUUUUUAAUGGGGAUGAGACACGUCACAAAAGUUUGAUGGGAGGUUAGGUGGUGUGUCGCUUUGGUCUUUAAACUGUUACUUUGACUAAGAAAAUGUCCAUUAAUUCAUUUCACCACCCAGUUUGUUUACCUUUUCACAUGAUCUUACCGGUAAUUCAUUCCAUUUUUGGCAUACAGAGUAAGUAUUAAAACUGACGCUGUAGAAGCAAAUGGAAAAGAAAAUUAAUUCUUGUUCCCCACAAAAGACUGCACUUUGCCAAACAUCACACCCUGUGCAGAGCUUCUGCCCAAAAAGACACCCUGUUCAUCACUACAUACUAAAUAGCAAAAUUGUAUUUUCUCAUAAGUAGGUUGAGUAUGAUCGUGUGGGUGAAUGCGUAGUCCUGAAUAGGGCUGUUGUUGACAGCAGUGGCGGAGGACUACAUUCACCUGGAUGAUCAUACUCGGCCUACUUAUGAAACGACUCCUGGGUUCAAACCUUUUCACAGCUGUAUACUCUGUUAAGAAUUACGCCACUGAAAACAAUUUGGCAGUACAUAGCCUAUUGGGCAAAACAGGGAAGCCCCUCCCCCUCCCCUCCCAGGCAAGAGGUUAACUCCUGCCCUGCCCUAACUUAAAGGGUUUGGUAUUAUGUUGUUGCUGUUGUUGUUGUUGUUUUUUCUUUUUUUGUUUUGAGUUAUACUGCUUAUUCAGAUAUUCUUGUGGGUCUGAGACACAGUGUUCUUCUUUUGACUAAAGUACGGUUCUCCUUACACACUUUGUAGGUCUUUACUCCCUUGUGUGAUAACUGUGCUGCAAGUAAGCUUAUCUCUGGUUCCCUGGCAGGUGAGCUUUCAAAAAUAUCAACUUGAAAAAGAAAGUAAUGAAAACUCAGCAUUUAAGUACAGUGGAACCCCGCCUUAAGGCCACCUUGUUAAUACGGCCACCUCAUUGUUAUGGCCACUUUUUUUGGCUGCCUGGCAAAAACAGCAAUACAUUUUCUUGUAAAAUAAACCCUCAUUAAUAUGGCCAAUUUUCUUUUUUGGUAGUGGUGGCCGUAUUAACAGGGUUCCACUGUAGUCAUAAUUGACCAGUGAAUUUGAUAAUACUUUAAUGAGUUUCCAAGUGCAUUGUAUGUAUAUUGGUGAAAAAAAAAACACAAACAACUCCUAACCUAUCACCUUGGUAUCAAUGCAUUUAUUUUCUCAUUUGCGAGCUGGUUAAAGAAAUUAAUGUUCAGUUAUGCAUCGGUAUACUGCGCCACAGACAGCACUAAAUUUGUUUUAAGUCCAUCUGCGAAACAGUGCCAAAAUCCUUGUGUGUACCAGAAUUUGAGUGUGUGCUAUAAUAAUAUUGGCCUGUUAAAAGUCCCAUUGUUGAUUUGCUAAUCAGGUUGAAGGGAAAAGGUUGUCAACUGUGAUGCAGUCUAGCAUUAUUGCAGCCUUCAAAGACAGUGUCUCACCCCUUCUCUGGAUUUUCUGUGCUGACACAUCCAGUUAGGAAAAGCAUUAUGAUUCAUACCAUUGUGAAGGUUCAAAGCAAUAACAUGACACUCUUUUGCUUGUUAUUAGGAAUGACAGCCUGUACAUUCACAUAUCCCCUGGAUGUUGUGCGCUCACGCCUGGCAUUCCAAGUAGCAGAUGAACAAAUCUACUGUGGUGUAUGUCAUGCAAUCCGUCAGAUCUUUACCACAGAGGGUGGUUUUAGGGCUCUUUACAGAGGCUUCACUGCAACAGCAGUUGCAAUGAUUCCUGCUGUAGGUGAGUUAACUGCUUGCAAACAUGUGGUAAACAACCUUAAAUGACCUUUCAUAAGAUGACAAAUUUUCCUUGGUUUCACUGGUAAGUGCAAGACAGCUUGAUAGAAGAAUCUGACAGUUUAUUGUUGCUUCCUUGGGACUUUUUCACCUACUUCUUUAAUUUUUAAGCUUCUUAUUGUGAUUAAAUUUUGCAGUCAGACCUUAAAAACACCAACUGUUAAGUUCUUUGCAUCUUUGUUACUUUGAUGUCAUUAGGUUUUGGAUUCUUUGCUUAUGAAACCUUCAAAGAACUUAUCAUUAAGACAGACAGUGCAUUGACAAAAAUCAGCACCGAAACAGGUGAAACAGUUCUUACACCCGUCGGUGGGUUGCUGUGUGGUGCUCUGGCAGGAGCAUGUUCUCAGACUGUGGCGUAAGUAUUAAAAUUUAUUUCAUAUGACAAUAUGCUUAAGUAUUAAUCUUCUGCACGAUAUUAAAGACGUUAAGCAAUGGCAACUGUACCGAAAACAUCAAAUAUAAGUUUGCCUUCUUUCAUACCUCAAAAAGAAUUUAUUAUUGUAAUUAUUCCAACUUACACUAUUUUUAAACUUAGGCAAAUUUUCCUGGAUUUGAAUUCUAAAGACUGUAACCAGAUUUAUAUAAUAGAGAAAAGAUUGUGACCAUGUGUACUUGAGAAAACUUUCUUAUUAUAGUUGUUAUGUGCAGUGACCCGGUUUUAACAAAAUGUACCAAAAAGUGUUAUAUGCACUCACAGACUUGACUAAGUUUUUUUUUUUACUUUUUUUUUUGCCAUGGCCCUUAUAAUUUGCUGGCCAAAGCUGCCAAUAAACCUACAGGAUUGCAUGUCCCGAUAUGAUCUAUAAUUUUAAUGACAUUCAUUUCAGUUAUCCAUUAGAUGUGGUCAGACGGCGUAUGCAGCUUGCUGGGGCCGUAACUGAUGGCUAUAAGUACAGGUACUGUCUACUUGCAUUUUUUCAGUUUGUUCAUUCAGUGCUGUCACUAAAGGCCGGCGCAAGAGGAUUUCCUCCAGCUUGUAUGUGCAUGAACCCUGGCUACUUUCAUAGGAAAAAAUAGGAAAAUAGGCCCAGAAAACUUCCUAGCCAUUCAGUUCCUUGCCUACCAGUUGCAUAUCUUUGGCAACUUGAAAUCUUAGGGAAAGUCCUGUUCAAUUGUAUUAGGUGACAAGUUAUUUAACUGUUCUGCUGAUAGUCAACUAUGCCCUCUAUGGUCUAAGACCACAUUUUGUUCUCAGAUAAAAAAGUCUGAAUUAAGCAGCCAUUUUAUACACUCCUCUCUUGUAUGUUUUGCAAUACAUGAACGGUUACAAACUGGAGGUAACAGGCAAAUGAAUGAAGGGGUUGGAUGCAAAAGAAACUGUGGUAGCCCAAAGUUUGCAGCCUUUUGCUCUGAGAAAAGGCUAAAAUAGUGCUUCAUACAUCAGUUUUCAAUUGUUUUUAUGGCAACAUAUAAACUUGAUCCACUCAGCUGAAAACGAAAUUUUUGAGAUAACAAGAGUUAUUAUCCCAUUGAAAUAAGCAUCAUUCUGAUGUUAGAAACCUGAUUAUUCUCGUUCUAAUCUUCCAGUGGUUGUAUCAACACCUUUGUCACAGUGUACAUGGAGGACGGGAUCAGGAAAGGACUGUACCGUGGCUUGUCAAUUAAUUACAUGAGAGUUGUGCCUCAAGUUGCAGUAAUGUUCAGUGUUUAUGAACUCACAAAACAGUUUCUGGAGAAAGGCCCAACCAGUGGAGAGCGCGAGUGAUCUCAGCAGAAGACUCAUGUGAUAUAAAGAAUAAAGCUGAGAGGUCACUGACUUCCAACAACAAAAACAACAAGAAAAGUAACCAAACAGGCUGUUGUUCCACCCUGUGGAAAGAAAAAAAAAGUUGCUUGAGAGGAAAAAACAACAACAACAACAACAACAAGGACCCAGAACUAAAUCUUCUACCAAUAGUCCCUGUUGAUUCAAUGUGUGAAUGUGUGGAAUGGCCAGUCCAUCAGAGAAAAAUUUUCUUGUUAAUAAGAAAGUUCUAUUUUAAAAAAUUGACCAGAGUUUGCAGUACAAAUUAUUGAUACAGAGCUGCCAUAUUUCUAAGUACUUGCCCAGUAUGAUAAUAGAUUUAUGGCCUUUAAAAAGGGGGGCCAUUACAUUUUAUUUGAACUGGCACUUUACUGAGGGGAGAAUGACAAUCAAAGAGUUAAAUGGACAAACCGUCUAUUCAGCAGUUGUAAUGUGGGUCCCAGUGAGGUAAAUUGACUAGUUUUUAUUGGGGCUCUAAUUUGGUCAGCAAUAAGUUUUAUAAGUAUUAUAAUAAUAUUGUCAGUUUAAUUCUACUGCUUUAGAAUUAAAACAAUUAAGCUUAACUGUUUUAACCAUAACAAAGGAAUCAUUUAUUUGAGAGGCUACUGAUGAGGGGUUCCUGAGCAGUUAAACAGCAGUAUUUUUUGUCCGCUCCCUAUGGUAAUCCAAAACUCACCAUGACAAAAAUAAACUCCUGCUUGAACACUGUAUCAGUUAUAUGUAAUCCUGAUGUGACUGCAGGAAAGGGAGUUAUCUGUGUUAAUUUUCACCAAAACUUGAAACAUCCUGCUUCUUAAAAAGAAGUAAGGCAUUGGUUUUAAAAGAGAGGGGGUUAUUUUGUUGGAUAUAUUUGGUAAAGUUUUUUGGGGGGAAAGGGCAGUAUUGUUAAGAUGGCAUAGUUAACUAGCUGUUUACCAGUGCUGACAGGUGAUGUUAUGCUUGUAGAAAAACAUAACUUAAAAAACAUAGAAAUUUGUUUGAGAAAUGGCUUUUCAUGGUCGACACAACACAUUUGUCUAACAAAAGACAAAAGUAAGUUAUACUUUGUCAAGUUUGUGCAUUGCCUUCUUGUGCUAUUUGACAGUUAUUGUCCAUUUACUUCAAAUGUUCUAAAGUAUAUUAUUUGAUGAAAAACAAUGAUAAUAUUUUAAUGAAAAGUAAGAGGAAAUUUUUAUUUUAUGGUGCAACAAAGAAAUAAUAAAUUAUUGUAACGUGCUAGUGAUUUGUUGUUAAGGCCCGGUUCAGACGUCGAACUUUUCAUGAGCGGAACAUAAUACACUGAAUUAAGCACAUGAAAAGUUCGGCGUCUGAGCCGGGCCUAAGUCUCAGGUUCAUUAUGUAACUAUUAAAAAUAAAGGCUAACUGGAAAAAAUAUUUUGUGCCUUCAGUGGAGUUUUUUAGAACCUGACACAAUAGUGAGUUUACAUAAUUCGCGCAACAGGACGGCAAAACGGUUGUGGGUGACUAACGUGACGGCGCUAUUACUUGCAUUUUCUGUCGUGAUCUUCACUAAAUGUUUUUGGGCUUUUACAAAAAGAUCGGUUUGAAGGAAGACACGCUUGUCACACAAGGUUUGCCGUCUUCUUCCCUCUCCUGUCCUGUGGUUCACUAAUAGUUAGCUUAAGCAACGACGAAGGCGACAGCAACGAGGACGGCAAAAAAGCAAUGGGGUUAGAUUGGUAAAACAACCAUAGCGCCAUAGCGCCCAUCAGCACAGCGAAUGGCGCACUUUUCGCGGGAGUUUCGUGCGCGUGCUGCUCCGGGAAAAUUUUUGAGAUUGAAGUGAUUGCUCAAUAAGGUUUUAAGAAGCUGAGAUGCAAUCUAGUGCAUUUUGGGCGCUUAAAUUUAGCAAAAUCCUGAAUUCCGUAUUGAACAUGUCAGUGCUGAAAUAUUUAUUAACAAUAAACCACUAAAGGGGGGCCCGGGUCCCAUGGGUCCACCCCUAAAUCCACCCUUGCAGCAUAAUUUUAUUUCCAUAGUUACAAGAUUACAAGCCAGUGUAUUUAUCAGGAAUCGAAGGUGAAUGAAACAGCGAUUCUAAUGACAUCCCAGCUGUGGAGGAUAAGAGACCCUCCCCUCCUCUUCCAAAGUUUCUUUGAGGGUCCUUUUUACGCAAAUUUUAAAACAUAAGACACUUUGCUGACAUGGAACAAUUACUGAAAUGUCACACCUCAGAUUAUUAGGAAAACCUACCUUUUCCCCAGUUUGCCAGCUCAUCGACCAUUCUCUACGGUGUGUGUGUGUGUUUGCGGGGUGGGGGCGGGGGUGGGGACAUUGAUCAUCUUAUUUUGCCUUGACAACAAGACAUUGUUCAGCUUUAAUAGUCUUUCUUGAUAACAAAUUUGCGCAGAACUGCAAAUAUUUCUCAAAAUUUUCAGAGAUACUAAUUUUACUAUGUUGGUUCAAUAUUCUGAGAUAUUAUUUCAAAAAAGUGCAUGAUCUGAAAAUGACAGAAAGGUAAAAAUAAAAUUGCUUCGUGAAAGUCUAAUUUACCGAGGGAUUCUUUUAAGUGAACUGGGAGAGAGAGAAAGUUAUAAAACUACCAUUUGCUUAGAAAACUAGCUGUCAGAAUCUUUACGUGACUAGUUUGAAUAAACGUGACUGUAGAACCAAUCGACCAGAAAUGAUCAGACCGUAGCCGGAUGGAUAUGUACAGUAUUUGUCGUGGAGUGUCAUUUGAUGUUCUUGUGACGUCAUUACCGCAAUCCCUUGACAAUCAUGAAGUUGAGAGCGCUGAUAUCAGAUUAGUUCUGGCUCAUGUUUUCCUUAAUUAAACGUGAGUCGGACAAGUUUUCUUCUUAGAAUUUAUUUCGCAGUAUAAAAGACUAAUUCUCACACGGCAUAGAACACAAAUAGUGUCAAGAAAGACUAGAAUGGACAGCAGAAAUCAAGUACCGAUUAUUCAGACUGUUGUUUCUGGAGGUAAGAAAACUUGUCAACUUCAUUCAAGACUAGUCAAAGGUGGGGAAAAAAAAGGGUCAAAGUCAUAGCGAGGAUUUCUUUCUUAAACUUCUCAAAAUUCUAUAAAGCAAGAGCCCUUAUUCUACUGAAUAAUAGACAGUCUAGUAAAAUCUUAAGGUCUAAUAAGAAAGAUACUUCUUUUUUAUCAUCAGUUCUGAAAGUCUUGCCUUCCUACAGUCUCGAUUUUCACUCAGUCAAGGCUGAGGAAUUCUAAGGUCCCAUCCGCAAUUGUAUUUCAGUGUUUGGGCAUUUUGCAGUUCCCCAACUAAGAGAGACUGAAAAAACCAACGAUGGAAGGGAUAGAUUGAAAUUCAUUGAGCCAUUAUUAAAUAAGCAGCCAAUGGAGCUAUCAGUACAACAUUCAAGAACUCUGAAAGUCACGCACUCGAAUUUGAAAAUCUGAGACAAGCCUGGGAGACGAGUCUCGGACUCGCCAUAAAAUUGCGGUAGAAGGCAUUAUGAAGGCGCGCAAAUUCGCCUUUCCUUUUUUUCCCGAAAACGCAGAAUUUCUUUAAAACAAAAUCCAUUUUUAAGAAUACGUGCAUCAUUUCACGACAGCAAUACAACACCCCGGGUACAACACGCUGCCAAUAAACGAAAGGGCAAGGGGGCAUACCAAGGUUUUUGUCAUGACAUUAACGGAUUUUUCACGUCGAGAGAAGAGUUCAAGAGAAUCGAUGCAAGGGGAAAAAGGUGCACUAUGCUGAGUCAUUUGUUCUUGUAUGAAGCACUUCACAGCAAAACCGGAACAUUACAAAUGUUUGCAAAUACGACUGUAUACGUGUGUCCUCAGUAACACAUACACGUUAGUUUCAAAAUUUCGGGACACUACCCCUAUACUUGGAGAGAGAAAUAUUUUAUAUACAGUUGCUGCUUCAGGUGCACUGCCUGGGCUGCAUUUACCAAUUUUAACGCUGAAUGUUAUUAGAAAGAAAUGAAAAAGAGCAGUUCUUGUAGUGUUGCGUAAUGUAGUGCCAUGAUAAAGCCAUGAUACGUCACGUUCAGUACCCAACCUGUCCACGUGUUUUUUUUUUUUGAGGAUUGCGACCAUGACGUCACGUACACGUAAAUUGACGUCUGGAAUAAGCUCGUUCCCAGUAUCUCUCUUCCAUCUUCCAUAAAAUUGGCAUCACUGUCUUGAUAAAUACCCAGAACGAUUUGUGGAUUAUUUUAAGAGCGGGUUUCCCUGCAGGUCUGUCAACAUGUUGUGCAAAGACGGCAGCAGCUCCAUUAGAAAGACUGAGGAUUCUGUUCCAAGGCCAGAAUCGACACUACAAAAACCUUGGUUAGUAUGAAUAAAUCUUAUCUUUCGUAAUGUAGUAUCAUACUUUGUUAGAGCUUACGGCAGGGUGUAACCUGAAUUGCAAGGAUGGACAAUAAGUUGACCUUGAGUUGAGUGGAAAAAUUUGUGCUAAAAUGGCAGUCUCGCGCUAUUUUUCUUCCAACUGAUACAUUUAUCGCUUUCUGUCGAAUUCGUGUUAAAAAUAAUUUGUGUCAUUAUACUUUAAACCCUCUAAGUAACUUAAAGUCCUCUGGGUGUGUGUGUGUGUGGGGGUGUCUGUGUGUGUGUGGGGGGGGAAGGGGGUUUAAACAUCAAAAAUUCCAGUAGCGGGAUAAAGGCGUAACAGGAGAAUAUUUUGAAAGAGCCUCCCCACGUCCGAAUAAAAAAUAGCCGUAGGCUACCGAACGUUAGCCAGAGAACUCUGCAUAAUAAACGGGAAAUUCUCCGAUCUCCGAUGCCUAAUUACCAGCUGCUAGCAGAGUCGCUUCGAUCUUUCCUAGAUAAGUCCCGACUUAUCUAGGAAAGAUCGAGGCGACUCUGCCAGCAGGGUAAUGCCUAAUGAACACUGUGCCUGUAUAUCUUGCUUGUUUUCUUUAGGACUUCUUUAGGACUGUAUAUCUUGAAUUUCUUUCUUUAGGACUAAUAUCAGGAUUAAAGGAAAUGUUUCGCCAUGAAGGUGUUAUAGGAUUCUUCAGAGGUAAGUUUAAAGUUACUUUGUUUUGCCGUACACAGUCAAACCUCUACUGAUGGGCACUGCCCAUAGCUGGACACCUCCCUUAAGUGGAUACUUAGUCAUGACUCCAGUGAGAUAUAAAUUCAAGCUUAAGACUGCAUGACACACCAAACAGACAGUCUUCUGUACAUACAUACAUGUCGUGAAAUCACGACCAUUUUAGAAACUUCAUGAGGCCUGCAGUGCAGAUGUAUUCUUUUUAUGGGCUUAUGCUAAUCUGAAGUGUGUGUGUGUGUGUGUGUGUGUGUUGUGUAAAAGAAAAGAUUAACCCAUUCGCCUCUGGAGAUUUUGCCGAAAAACGCAUUUUGAAACUUUACCACCAAGCCAUUUACAAAUCGUACACUUUGCAGCCUCCUGAUCCAGAUGCAGGAUAUCAGCUUGGGAAGUUUGGGCAUGUGCAGAAAGCAAAAUUUCGAGAUCAUAGUUUUUGGGUUUAAAAGUGACACAGCAUUCUUGACUUUUACUUUUCGCUUUCUCUCCUCCCCUCUUUUUUCUCUUUUCUUGCCUCAUUUUUUUUCAUGCCUGGGCAUUUAGUAGGCUUCAUUUUGGUAGGAAAAGUUUUUAGGAAAGCCUUUAGGAUCUUAGGAUUAAAUGAAAGGAAAGGUAGGUGGGUAGAGGAACAAGAUUUCAUGGAAAUCUUUACGUUACAUGGUUUUUUGCCUUUUUCUCCGCUGUCUUUGACUGAAUUGUGCUCAUUCUGGUAUGGUUUGAAAGAUCUCUUCACUCUGCACAAGUUAGCAGACAAAGUUGUCCUUGACCAUUAAAACUGAUGACAUCACAAGCAGUACAAAGCACAUGGAUCGGCACGGGCAGUCACGGGCGGUUCAGGGGUAAAUGGGUUAAGAAAGAUUAGACAGAAUAGAAAUAGUUUACAGUGGCGUAGAAAUGCUUGCAUAUUGCUUCAUUCAUGUUUCAGAAGAAUAGUAUUAACUUUAUUGCCUAUGUUGAUAGGAAAUGGUGCUAUGAUGGUCCGAACAUUUCCUCAUGGAGCAGUUCAGUUCUUAUCAUACGAGCAGUAUAAGCAGUUCCUGGAUUCGCUGUGUGGGAAAGGAGCUUUGAGCCACUUGUUAGCUGGAUCUCUUGCAGGUAUUCCUUUAAUGAAAUGAUGGUGUAAAAUUUACACUUUCCGAGUUUAAAUUAAUACUUGUGUUGUCUAAAAGAAAAGUCUCUCUAAGAUGGGUUUACUGGCCCAAGUACCAUAUUAGAGAAACAUCUCCUUCAAUGAGAUUCAAAGAGAUUUUGAAGAACAGCAUGGCCUAACUCUACUAUAUGUAAGGCUUUGGUGCCUGCAUUUGUAAGGACAUUACAUGUCUAGAAUUACAAGAGAGAGGGCUUUGUUGUGACAAUGAUUACUUUUUAUUUAUUUAUUUGCCUUGUUUAGGUGUUACAGCUUGUUCAAUCACUUAUCCCCUGGACACUGUCCGCUGUCGACUGGCAUUCCAAGUUGCAGAUGAGAAGUUGUAUUUAGGAAUUCGCCACACAAUCAAGAAAAUUUCAGGUUCUGAGGGAGGCUAUGUAGCCCUUUACCGAGGCUUCUGUGCACAAUGUUUGGCAAUGAUCCCCAUGAUAGGUAAUGCUAUUAAUGGCAUCUGCAUGGUCAGCUUAAGUAUUCUCUCUUUUUCUCUCUCCUUUUUCUCUCUUUUUAAUAUAUAACAGCCUCUGUUGACAUUAUGUGAUGUAAAUCUCUUGCAGGUCUAAGCUUUUUAACAUUUGAGAGUAUGAAAAAAUAUCUGCUUUCCUUGAAUGAAACAUUAACAAGAGUAAACCCAACAACAGGAGAAACAGUUCUGUCUCCUACUGGGAGUUUAGUCUGCGGUGGUGUAGCAGGAAUGAUUUCACAGACAAUAGCGUAAGUUAGCGAGACAACAAUAAUAAAUUCCUUUUUUAAUAAAUUUAACCUGCCCAUGGAUCUCAAUCAUCUUCCUCUCACGUACACCUUUAAAAACACUGAGACUUGUAUCAGGAAAUUAAAGUGCAAAAAUAAAUAUUGUUUCUUGUCCUGACUUACUGAGAGCCUGGAUACUGCCUAUCAGUAGAUCUCUGAAUUUUUUAUGAAGGCAAAGCAUUAAGGGUGCAUUCGAUUGAUAGUAUUCUGGCAUGAGAAUAUGCAAAAGUUUUGUUACAAAUCGCGUGCACUGAGAGUUUUGUAACACUAAAAUGCUGCAUACAUCAAAAAAUUUUAUUUUAACAGAUUUCCUGGGAUUGUAAUGCAAUCAAUGCCAAAAUAAUUGAUUUCCAGAGUAUUAUUUUGUUUAUAUUUCUUCUUCUGGAAUAUGGUCAAUGAAUACGCCCUUAGUAGAGUUCAACAUUCUUGGGUAUCUCCUCUUUAAGAUUUAAUGUAAUGCUGCCUUUCCACUGACUUUGAUCAGGAAACAACUUUACUGUGGGUGACAUGUGACCUCAAAAGCUGGAGAGAGAGCAUACAUUAGAACAAUACAUGUAACAAACACUCUGGUAUGCUAAUAAAAACUUCAACCUUCCCUUCUUCCUAAGAGCACACAAAUAUUAUCCCAGAAACAAGAGUUUGAGUGCCUUCUUUUAGCUAUGUGAUUAAUGAUUUUAAAACAAUAAUGAGUCAAUCUAACUGUUGUUGUGUACUAAUCACUCGCAGGUAUCCCCUUGAUGUUGCCAAGCGACGAAUGCAGCUUGCUGGAACAACACAAAAUCGCAAAAAAUUUAGGUAUAAACCCAUUUAUUAAUUUUUCUGAUUACGUAAAGUAUAUUCUACAUUAAUUUGUAGAUUCCGUGGUUAUAUAUAAUAGCCCUUAACAGAUAUUCUGACAUUUCUUGCAAGCCAUUACAUAUCAUAAAUUAUACGAAAACAAUUAGCUUGCCUACACCCUGUGGCUGUGGUUCAUUCCUCAUGGCUCAUGCUGUGCAUUGCUUUGUGUUUCGUUUAAUAGUUGUUGCCUCCAAACUUUGAAGACAGUAUACACUGAAGAUGGUGUCAGGAGGGGUCUUUACAGAGGGUUGUCAAUCAACUACUUAAGAGUUGUGCCACAAGUAUCUGUCAUGUUUGGGGUGUACGAGCUCUCAAGACAGCUUCUUACAGCUGCUUAGACCUAGAGUUCUAUUAUCAUUUACUGAUAUUAUAUGUAUGGCUAGGUCAGUUCAUGAUCAGUCAAUUUCAGUCAAUUCAAUCCAUCUCAGUCAAGCAGGCAGCAGAAACAACAAUUACCACAAUCCCAUAUGGUUAACCUGCUUUGUGGAUCACCAAUCUAGAUUUGGAAUAGUUUGACAGAAAAUCUGAAAAACAAAGGAUCCUAUAGAUUAUUUAAAAAUUCUGUAAAUUCUUACAUACAAAAUACAUAGAUUACUAUGAAGACGUACCAGUUAAACAAUAUAAUUAACACAAAGAAUUUAGCAUACAUCUUUAGUAAUAAUUGUUAACUUAGUAUUUGUAGGGUAGCCACCACAAAACUGUAUAUAUAUUGUUUCUACUAGAAGGGGAUUUAUGAAAAGCCCCAGUGGUUGCUAAGAUCUCCUGCUCGAUAGCAAUUCCUCUGUAAUCUACAGAAAAAGUGUAUGGAACCGGCAAAUAACUAAAUAAAUAAACUUUCUACGUGAAAAAAAAAGACUAAGGUGGGUAAUAAAAAUGCUAUAUUGGAUGUGAGAAUUGCAUGGAAUUUUGCUUCUUUUUCUAAACAUUUGACUUGGCUUCUCUUUGGGAUUAAAAGCACUGUGAAUGUCAUAUGCAACUGCCCUCAGUUGCUUGAAAGAUCAUGGAUAGAUAAAUCACCAUACAGUGGAGAGGGAAAGGGAUUAAUUCAUUUAGUGGACAGCGUUAUCUACUCUUUGAACAACUAGAGCCUGAGUGGAGAGAAGCUGUCUGUGUUUUUUACGAUUUCUUGUCAAAUGCCUCAAGCCAAUGUCAUUGCCAUCAUACGAGUACAAUAAUUAUUUUGUUAAACUUAAUUUAUUUAGACAUAAAAAAGAUAUACAUUUAAGAUGAAGAUUUAUCAUUUUUUUUUAAUUCAUGCCAAAUAGUUGUUGUAUAUUAUAAAAUUUCAAAUCUAU